CUUUUGCAAUUAAUAUGCUGCUUUCGAAGAGCAUACAGCUGCUCUUUCACCUUCUUUUCGGUUUUCAAGGGUUUUUUUCGUAAGAGGAAGAAAAUGUUGAUCGAACAGCACCAGCCACAAGUCCCCAUGAUGAACAACAACAAAAAGAAGGGGCUCGUGACAUGGCGCCAGCAGCUGGAGACCUUGCAUGAAGUCGAAUCGCCGACACGCGACCGAAGCACGCCCUUGGUACGAGCGGGAGAACUGCACCGAUACAUUCCAGAGUCGCCGAUUUCCGUAACUCGAGGGUCGCCGUCGAUUGUCAACGUAUACUAUAGACCAACGUUUUUAGUAGUUUGCUGUUUGUUGUGGUUCAGUAUUUUCGCCAUUACGUUUGUGCUUGGCUGGUACUCACUGGCACUCACAGUGAAUGUGAAAGUGAGUAUCAAUAUAUAUACCUACGCAAAAAAAUAACUAGCCAACCAAAGAUGAUAAAAAAAAACACUCUGGUGGAGCACGAAUAGGUAUAGAAAAGAUUAUUGAUAUUGCAUAAACAGCACCGUGCAGGGGAGAACACGUCGCCCAUUUUUCCCGGAAUUCACGGAGAAGGUAUAGUGCCCACGACACCUAGUUCCCCAAUCCAGCCCGCUCUGGCCGCGGCUGGUUGCUCUCCGGCUGUUGCUGGGGAGCUGUACCACAGCUCGGGGCCCAGCUACAAUCACCUGCACGCGAAUUCCAGCACAGUGGACGGCAGUGCUCAUGGCUGCAUACCUCCGCAGCACCUUUUCGGGAAGAUUGGUGGGGGUUUUGCUUCUUUCGAGGCCAGCAGCGGCGGAGGAAAGUUGAUGGCAGGACCAGGAGCAGGUGGCGCCGGCUUCGCUUUGUCGUCUAGUACUAGUGCUGCAGGCACUGGGUCCUCGUUGGCGACUGCUGGACUUCGUAACAAUUCCCAUUUGACAACGCGGAACAAGACCACUAAGCAGAAGCCACCCGUUCGGCUCGCGAAUCUCGUUGUGGACAUGCCAAAAGUGGACCCGCUGGCCGAGACCACUGCGUCGCUGGUGCUCAACCAAGCUGAGGCGGAACGAACAAGAACGACGCAGGGUGAUCAGUGGCAAGAUGGCGACAUCAAGAACGAUACGUUGCCGCAUGAUCCGGAGGAUUUACUGCUGGAGGAGGGUGAAAGUAGAUGCCGUGUUGAAGGCGACGAGCAGUGCCGUAAUAAACACCUUGCCGCUUCAGGAGGACAUGGAGCUGGGUUUCAAAUGGCCUCAGGCACCUUUGCACCGUCCUCCACGGCCCUGGUACUGGAAAUGGCAAACGACAUGCACCCCGGGUCGCUGCUCGAUGAGGAUGCAACUUCGGCCACGACUGCCGGUGUGCGUAAGAACGAGAAGACGAAAUCGAUUCCGGGCAAACAUCAAGUAACUCCGGACUUGGCAGCGGUGGGGUCGAGUCUUGGAGGUUCCUAUAGUUCUUCCGCGAGCCAAGAAGAACUCGGGCCGCUUCCGCUGGAGAACGACAAACAGAUUCAGGGGUUACAUAAAGAAUCUGCAGCCACCGGUUCUCGUCGCGGCAGUGCAGCGAGUGGCACUAAUCACUACAUUCAAGGGAACAAGAAUGGGCACCACGUCCAACACGAAGAGCAAAGUACCGCAGGAGCUGGAGGUGCUAACCGGAAGCAGAAAUUCCUUGACACCUAUCGGAAAAAUUUUCCAAAGGAGUUUACCGAAAAGUCAAAACGCACCAUCCGUCGACUUGAUAAGCUGAUUCAAAAUUCUGACCGCGUCUUUCAGAAUACGAUGGAGGAGAUUACGGACGCGAUGCUAAGCGAAACCAUGACCAGCACACUGCACAACUCGUCCUUUAUAAAGGAUGGGUUGGGAGUGGAAUCUUCUUCAUCGGCCGAGCAUGCAGCUGGCGCCGCAGCAAUUGUCUCAGGAAGCGGCGGCGCCGAUACUGUUGACGACGUCGAGGAGGACGUAGAGGCCAGCGAAAGCACGACCGUCGCCGCAGUUGAUGGAGGUCUUACGUCCGCCUCCAGCAGCAGCAACUCAGCUUCACUAGAUGAACAUGUGUUGACGCAGCGUCAAAAGGUAGAACAGCAAAAGAUUAAGACUGCGCACAUGCAGAAGGCAUUGCCGCACCAUCGCCGCGACCCCACAAGCAAUUGGAGUCCGAUCGACCGGAUGCUCUUUAUCAAAAAGCAGAAACAUCAGCGUCAGCAGAGCCGCCUAGAACCGAUUCCUUCCGACGAGAAAGAUGAAAUAAAAAUGAUGGGCAGCACUCUUGUCGGAACAACCGGGUUGGGCGGGGGCUCACAAGAAGUUCCAACGGGGGAGCAGCAGCUGCGAACGUGGAAAAGUGUGGGAGUGCAGACCCUCGCCACCGGCACCGCGGAAGAUCGCAAGCGGCUGCAGCUCGAGGAACUGCUUGCUGAGCAAGCCCGCACAGUCACCUCACUAGAAUCGGCUCGGCAAGGAGCGGAAGACGCACUGCGACAGCAAGAGGCCUCCUGGGCACAACAAGCCGCGACAUACCAGGAGCAGGCGACCAUCCAACAGAACACCAUUGAUACUGUAAAGCACAUGCUGCAGCAGGUGAUGCGCGAACACGAGCAAGAGCGUGCGAAGCUGGAAAAGGAAUGCGCGGAGGAGCGGGCGAAGCACCGGGACGCCGUUUUGCGGCAUCAGACGGCUGUGAAGGAGCUGACUCAGGAGCGAGACAACGUUCUGAAUCUGAAGGCCCAAGCCGAAGAGGAGCGCGAUCGCGUCAUGGUCAGCCUCGAGACGGAACAAGCUCUGUUGCUUGCGCGAGUAGAGACUCUGCAGCAGCAAAUGCGGGACCGCAACAAGCGAGACAACGGGUCGAGUUCCAUUUUCACUUCCGGUGCGGCGACCUUUACGGGUCGACAUCUGGUGUCGGGGGACAGUGACCGCAGCAAGUCCACCGCCAUGAUGAAGGGGAGCCUUUACAAGAGCCCGUCCAGAAGCUCCAGUAAGAAACUUUUAAGCAGUACGUUGACCGACCUUCCUUCUGCUUCCUCAGGAGGUCAACUUGGAUUGGACAUCGUUUUACCGGACGGGGGCCGCCAAGGAGGUGCCGAGACCCCCAGUACAGCCACCGCGUGGCGUCACUCAAAGAAAAUUCGCGACAGCGGCACGGUAGCCGUUUCAUCAAAGCGGGGCGUGCCCCAUAACGACACGACAUCUUCUGGCACAACUGUGAAUAAAGCUGCCGUAGUCCUCGAAACUGGCGGAGGACGCGGGGAUGUUGAAGCCGCAAGGGCAAACUCUGCAUCAUCUCAGUGGUCUGCCGUUGGGGUUGGGGAGCGACGCAAUAUUUCUGCGGCGUCCGGAUGCGACCUAGAAGGGACCACAAAAGAUGGCGACCACGACAUCGACACCAGCAAGCGGGGAGUAGUUCCCACUGCGUUCAAAGCAGAUGAUCUUGCACUAAACUCGGAAGCGAUUGGGUUGCGGUUUCGCGACGACCACCAACGGAAGGUUAGAUCGGGGAGAAGCUCCUCCCCACGCGCACGCCUGGGGCAUCUUCAUGCAGCGGCUGCGAAGGAUCUCCAGGCUUCUCUCGACGUUGCUAGUAAUACUAAUAACACGAAAGGAAUCCCGGCUGCCGAAGCGCCGACGUUGGUCAUAGCUACCUCUAACGUGGAGCCCAGGCGAGUGUCAUCAACUGCUGCUGGCAACAAGUCCAAGGCGGCGCUGGACCAGCGACGCUCUCCGGCAAAAGAUUCCAACCCCUUGAAUCGGCUCGGCACAAACUUCUAUGCAACGUCUGAACGCGUGAAAGCCGACGAGAAUCUUCAUCAGCAGCUUGUAAAUCGGCAGCCCGCGGCCGGGGGAAGGUCUUCUAGCACUUCAACUAGCGCAGCGUCACCCAUUGCAACACGAAACAGCAAAGUAACUACAAAGUUUCCUCCUCCAUCUCUCGCGCAACUCAGUGAGCAAGUAGGAGUCGGGGUGGCGGCGAGCGCUUCUUCACCCUCACUGAACAAAAGAGAAGACACAUCCCGAUGUGACGAAUCCUCGAAGCAGAUCGAGGUCUCAGCGAACAGCGCGAGUACUAGGCCCGCGGUGGGUUCCUCGUCCACCCUGAUUGAAGCUCAUCAAACCGCAUCUUCAUCCACAUCAGUCACUAAUUUGUCCCCCGCGCGCGGUAGAGCAGCCCGGUCGGCGUUGGCACCAGCUAGAACCACGGCAGAAGUUGUUGACGCAGAAACUCUCGAGGAAUUUGCGGCGCCGGACCCACAAAAUCUUGAGAAAAACAUGGUUUUCGACAAGAAUUUGCCGCGCAGACCGCACCUGCGAGGCGGUAGAGGAAGAGCGUGACACAAGUAGUGAAUGAGAAUUAUCGACGAUAAGUUUAAGUUACUACUAGCGCUUUAUUUCUCUUCUGUGGAAAGAAUGCUCUAGGUCUAGCUCUAUCCUCUAUGCUGCUGCUGCCGGUAGCGGUAGUGAACCUGUGUGAGCGCCGUAACCCAUCUACUAAUGUGCUCCUGGCCCGGCGAUAUGCCACUGUGUAGAUAUGGUACUAGAGGUAGAGGAGCAGACGACCACUUUACACACGCACACAAGAUUUCCAGGAAAACCCAUCGAGCUGCAGUGUCGAGUUUAGCGCGACAGUUUUGAAGCUGACCAACCAGCCUUGACAGAGUUAUGAGUUUACUCACAUUUUUUAUGACAUCCACUAUCUAGCUGAUGCUUAAGUACAUUAUCUUCAAGUCUUCUCAAACUCGCUGUGCUUGACGUCGUCUUCUUGUCUAGCUACCAGCAUUAAGAGUCUGUACGGUAGUCAUGGACGGUCGAUGAAUCAUGUCAUACCUUGCUUUGCGUCUCCCUGGGUCGUAUGAUCUGAGUAGUCAGCUAUGUGCCAAUCGGUUCAGCGCGGGCGACACCGCCGCGUCAUCGUGAGAGAGCUCUAGCACGGACUUAAGUGUAGUUUUAGUUUUUCCUUUUGACUGUAUGAAAAUGUUGAUUGAAUGGCCGCUCGAUAAAUAAAUAUUGUAUCCUACGCUCCUUACUUGUUGCGGACCAUUUGGCUUGUUUCUGACCGCAUAGUUGCAGUAUUGUUUUAUUCGUUAAGUACAUGUCACCAACUACAUAAAUAAAAAUGGCUAAACUGCUUCGUUCUGUACUUUCAGUAUUCUUGGUUGAGGCUUCGCAGAAUCAGGUCGUGGUCAAGUCCAGUGUUGAU